AUGCGAGAAAAAAGGAUAUCCUUAUCCUAUAUAACUUAGACAAUAAUUUCUGAUGAUAUGAAAAUUGCGGAUUAAUUUAAAAUGAAUCUUGAAACUCAAACUUUUAAAUCAGGGCUACAUGUAUAUAUAAAUUAUAAAUUCAGAAUAUAGAAAUAACAAAACUAUUCGAGGAUGCUAGAAAAGGCCAUCUAUUUUGA